AUGGAUUCCAGCAGCAACGGCUCUCAAAAGGCGACAGAUGAGGAUGGAGACGCGUAUGAACGUUUCGCGCUCAUCAGAGCUGGCAUUUUGGGUUUGGUUUUUGUCCUCGCAACGUGCAGCAAUGUCUUCUUCUUGUGCACACUUUGGAAGAAGCGAAAAAGAAACACGAGGACGCAGUUGUUUCUGUUGCACCUGUGCCUGGCUGAUCUGGUGGUCGCUUUUUUCCAAGUCCUCCCGCAGUUUCUCAUGGAAAUUACGCACAGGUUCCGCGGCACGGACUUCCUGUGCCGGUCCGUAAAAUACCUACAGGUGGUCGGAAUGUUUGCCUCCACCUACAUGAUCGUAGCUAUGACCAUAGACCGGUACCACGCGGUUUGUAAGCCGAUGGUUUCCUUCCUGAAUGGCGGAAGGAGAUACCUCUCCAUAGGCGCAGCGUGGCUCAUCUCUCUUGCCUUCAGCUCCCCUCAAAUCUCCAUCUUCUCUCUCCAGGAGGUGAAGGAGAACCAGUACGACUGCUGGGCGACUUUUAUUGAACCGUGGGGGAGCAGGGUCUACAUCACCUGGAUCACCCUGUCAGUUUUUGCCCUGCCUGCAGUCAUUGUGCUUUACUGCCAAAUAAGAAUAUGCACAACAAUCUACUUCAACAUGAAGAGGAAGGCGCUGCAAGCAGGACGCACGGGCAUGAAGGGGGUGUCCAACACCAUGCUGAAGACUGUGAAAAUGACAUUUGUGAUUAUAAUGACAUACACGGUGUGUUGGAGCCCGUUCUUUGUUGUCCAGUUAUGGUCUGCUUGGAGCCCUAGCAGUGCGCCUACUCAAGGUCCAGUGUUUGCCAUCAUAAUGCUGCUGGCCAGCCUCAACAGCUGCACAAACCCUUGGAUAUAUCUCUACUAUAGCUAA